UAAAUAUGUAGCUUAUCUUACACAAUAUUGUAUUACUGAAAACGACCAUGUGAGUAGGCAUCUUGAUGUUAUAGUUCACUUUAUUCAUCCACUUAUAUUUCAAAUACCAGAGUGAGAGAAAUGGCUUCCAAUGAUGAGAGCUCGCUUCAUAAUGGAUCAGAUAUAUUUUUCGACUUUUCAUGUUCCAUCUGCCACGAAAAGAAAAGAAACACAGAAGCUGAAUUUUACUGCAAGGAAUGUUUCAAAUUUUAUUGCAGUAAAUGUAUGGAGUACCAUAACUAUUUUGUCAUGAAGCAUGUCACUUUUGGGAAAGAAAACAUCAGCCAAUGGCCUCAGACCAGCGUGGAUGCACAAGAGCAAUCAAGUUCAUCUGACCAGCUGGUCGAGGAAUAUCAACCAGGUUCAGUUAGCAAGCCUGAUCCAAUAAUAAAAGUGACCAGUAGUAAGAAGUUCAAUGUUCACAUUAAGGGUGAUUCAGACAAAUGUUAUAUAAAUGGUGUCUGUGAGACAUCUAAUGGAGAACUCCUUAUCAUAGACUUCAGCAACCGUAAAGUGAAGCUGCUGAAUCAGACCUACAAGGUGGUGGAUCACUAUGAGUUGCCUAAUCAUCCAGUGUCCAUGUGCAGCAUUGACUCCAGUCUGGUAGCAGUUAUAACUUUUGAAAGCAGUGUGAUUCUCUUCAUUAGAGUAACCAAUGGUCUGCUGGUACUAGACAGGACACUGAACCUCCAACAAAAAUGCUCUGGUAUUGCCCAUCACCAUGGCAACCUGUACAUAACAUCAGGAACAGCCUUGUACCAGUACACUGUAGAUGGGACACUGUUGAACAAGUUUAAUGACGAUAGAUCAGGUCUUUUGGAAAGUAGCUCCUGUGCAGUUAGUCCAGAUGGAGAAAGGAUAUAUGUGGCCUACAAGACCUAUUUGUACAAGACCAGCCAAUGUAUUGGAGAACUGGUCACACUGUCCAGGGAUGGUAAAGUGAUCGCCAAACUGACUGACCCUGCACUGUGUUGGUUUGUUACAUUUUCACCUGGCCUUCAUGUGACAGAUUCAGGACAAGUUCUGGUAUGUGAAGUAUUUUGCAGAAUAAUCUACCAGAUGGGCAGAGAUGGGAGACAGAAACUGACAGAGGUGGUCAAAAGUAAGAAAAAAGUACCAUUAUCUGUCUUCUUCAGCAAACGCACAGGGUCACUCAUUAUGGGAAUGUACGAUAGCAAAAACAUUAUGGUGUUUAAGGCACAGUGACUGUUGGACAAGGAUGAUGAAACACAAUUUAGAUGUACAUCAGUAAAGUUGAUGAUUUAAACAGUAUUUCAAUUGUGUAUAUAUGUGCCAUUUGUCAUCAGUUAACAGGGUUCUGACAUUAAAAACAAUAAUGUAAUACAUUUAUGAUUUGUAAAUGAGUGUUAUCAAUAUUAUACCAUUAAUAUGUUAUAACUUAUGACUUAUAUUAUGUUAUUAUACCAUUUUAAUAAGAAUUAUUUUACAAUAAGAGUGCCAAACUGUCACAAGAUACGCCUGUUUUAAGGUUUUGGACAACUUGACACACAAAAUGUGUCUAGACACAACUUCUGACCAAAUAUGGUGGUGAAGAUCGGAUGAAAACUUCUUCAAUUGAGAGCCGACACUAUGCUAAAUGCUUUAAAUGCACUAAGUGACCUCGUGACCUAGUUUUUUACCCGGCAUGACCCAUAUUUGAACUUGACCUAGAUAUCAUUUAGACAUAACUUCUGACCAAAUUUGGUGAAGAUCAGACGACAACUACUUCAAUUGAGAGCGGACACCAUGCUAAAUCCUUGAAAUGCACUAAGUGACCCUGUGACCAAGUUUUUGACCCGGCAUGACCCAUAUUCGACCUUGACCUAGAUAUUGUCUAGAUACAACUUCUGACAAAAUUUGGUGAAGAUCAGAUGAAAACUACUUCAAUAAGAGAGCAGACUAAUGGGGUUAUUUACCCUCGGGACUUCGGUUAAAAACCAUUGCCCGAGCACACUGCUUAACAUAGAACUCUGUAUAAAAUAGCCGAAAACGGCCAUAAAAUGGACAGCCCGAUUUUACUGGGCUGUACCAUUGGUAUAAAUAUAAAACUUUGCAGUGUUGGUGCGGUGCCUUAAUAAAAAUCUAUUGGUUUAAAAAUAUAUAUCCUUUAUAUGAAGCGUUAAAAAGACGCAGUGCUUUACAGUGGAUAGGCCUAACGCUGUUAAAAAGCGGCGUUUUAAUUGGUUGAUGCGCUUAUAAAACAAUGGCGCUGAUUGGCCGAAAUUUCUUAUUAAGGAUUGCCAGUAGGUCAAUCCGUUUUAAAAUAGAUUUUCCCACGGCUUACUUUGUACUUUAAGAAAAAGUAAACAAUAAUAGUUUAUAUGCAAAGAUAUAAAUGAAAGAAAAGGAUGAGUUAAUCCAAAAGAAAUUGGAGUUGUUUUA